AUGUCCAGCCACGAUAUCAAGCUGGAGGUCUGUGUGGACUCCAUACCAUCCGCUUUCGCCGCUGUUGCCGGCGGAGCUUCCCGCAUCGAGCUCUGCUCGGCCCUGAGCGAAGGCGGCUUGACUCCCUCCGUGGGCACCCUGAAGACCCUCAAGGAGUCCAUCGCCCUGCCCGUUUAUUGCAUGCUGAGGCCGCGCCGUGGGACCGACUUCGUCUACAGCGAUGAAGAAAUGUGUGCCGUGCUGACGGACAUGGAUCUGCUGCGGCAGAACGGCGCCGACGGCUUUGUGUUUGGAUCACUUAAUCCCGAUCGCACCAUCAACGUGGACCAGUGCCGGCAUGUAAUGCUGCAGUCAGAAGGCCUGCCGGUGACCUUCCAUAGGGCCUUCGACCUCACCGACCAGAAGCGAAUGCAGGAGAACGUCCAACUGUUGCGGGAGCUGGGUUUCAAGCGGCUGUUAAGCAGCGGAUUCCGGCCUUCGGCAGCCGAAGGUCUUGACAACCUGGCGCAGCUGAUAGCAAAGCACCAUAGGGACUUCAUAGUUAUGCCCGGAGCCGGCAUCAAAGUGUCCAACCUGGAGGAGAUCCUCACGGUCAGCCGCUGCAUGGAGUUUCAUGCCUCUGCUAUGGACACUGCCGGCGAGGAUUACGUGGCCCCCACAACCAGCCGGAUGGAGUGCGAUGUGACCAUGGGCAAGCAGGACAUUGAUCCGUACUACGGUACUAAUGCAAACGUUGUCCGCAAGAUGGUAACUAUCGCAAACGCCAUGAGCUGCCGCUGA